AUCAUCGUAGAGCUACACAUUAACCCCGAAUCCAAAUAAACACAGAACUGAGGAGGAAAGUGGGCUGGUCUCCAAUAUUGGAGAUUUCGCUUAAAAAUGGGGUUUGAAACAUGUGGUCCGAACGAAGUGAUGGUUGUUUCGGGAUGCUGCCAUUCCAGAUCCCUGUUUAUCCCUGGAGGGCGUGUCUUUGUAUGGCCUGUCAUACAGCACCUGCAAAGACUGACCCUAAACACCAUGGAUAUCCAGGUAGAUAGUUCCAAUGUAUACACACAGCUCGGUGUAGCUAUUUCUGUGACAGGAAUCGCACAGGUAAAGAUUCAAGGCUCCAGUAAAGACAUGUUGGAAUCAGCAUGUGAACUUUUCCUGGGAAAGCCAGAACACGAGAUCCGCAAGGUGGCCCAGGAAACGCUGGAAGGUCACCAGAGAGCUAUCAUGGGCAACAUGACAGUAGAGGAAAUAUACAAGGAUCGUAAGAAGUUCUCCAAAGCUGUGUUCGAGGUCGCCUCAUCUGACUUAGUCAACAUGGGAAUCUGUGUGGUCAGUUACACACUGAAGGACAUCCGUGACGAUGAGGGUUACUUGAAGUCUUUAGGCAUGGCAAGGACAGCUCAAGUAAAGCGUGAUGCUCGUAUUGGUGAAGCUGAAGCGCAAAGAGAUGCCGGGAUCAAGGAAGCUAUGGCUGAGGAACGUAGAAUGGCCUCCAGGUAUCUUAACGACAUUGAGAUUGCUAAGGCUCAGCGUGACUUUGAGCUGAAGCAGGCCGCAUACAACAUGGAGAUUCAGACCACUAAGGCUCAGUCUGACCUGGCCUACGAAUUACAGGCUGCAAAAACAAAGCAGAGAAUCAAGAAUGAACAGAUGCAGGUCAAGGUUGUGGAGAGGACCCAGCAGAUUCAACUGCAGGAACAGGAAAUCAUGCGCCGUGAACGUGAACUCGAGGCACAGGUACGAAAGCCUGCCGAGGCCGAGAGGUACAGACUGGAGAAAAUCGCUGAAGCUGACAGGAUCAAGAUCACCCUUGAAGCUGAAGCUGAAGCUGAAUCAAUCAGGGUGAAGGGAGACGCUGAAGCCUUUGCUAUUGAGGCCCGUGCCAAGGCUGAAGCAGAACAGAUGGCCAAGAAGGCCGAUGCCUGGAAGGACUACGCCGACUCUGCCAUGAUUGACAUGAUCCUCGAGACCAUGCCCAAGCUUGCUGCUGAAAUAGCCGCUCCACUGACCAACGCCAAGAAGGUGACGAUGGUAUCCAGCGGUAAGGGAGAUGUUGGUGCUGCUAAGCUGACUGGCGAGGUCCUGAACAUCAUGGAGAAACUGCCACUGGUUGUGGAGAAUUUGACCGGCAUCAGUAUCACAAAGAACAUCAAAGCUGCCACCCGUCGAUAGAGGAUAGAUGAUGAUGAUCUGCCCACAUGUUAAAUUUCGUACAAUUAAUCAACUAGAGACCUGUGUGGGUACUAUUGAGAAACACGUCGGGUACUGUAGUCGUACCAAAACAGAGGACUUAUCUGCAUGGUAUCCCCCAUGCAUUUCUGUAGAUAUGUAGAUUUUAUAUUGGUGGAAUCAAAACUCACAAACUCUUAUAAACAUUAAAUCUUUUCUGCUGCGAUUGUGUUGUCCAUGGUAACACUGUAUACAAUGUCAUGGUGAUUGUAGUUCCUGUCAGUAGGUACCUGUGUAUAGUACCUGUGCUAUACACAGGUAAGUGACAGCUCAUUACGAACAGGUAGCAAGCAGUGCAUAAUUAUCAUAUGAUUGACAGAAUGUGAUCAAACAUCGAGUGUUGCCAUGGGCACCUGUAUCAGAAUGUCGGUAUGGAAUGUUUUACUCGCAUUUUUCGCCCUGGAUAAAUAUGUGAUUUGAGAAAGACAUAUAACUUGCUCAAAUUUUUAGCAGCUGUAGUGUAUUACCAAAGAUGGAUACAAAUGACCCCUGAUCAUGGUGUGUGUAUGUCCUCAUCUAGCGGUUCCUCGUGUUGAUACAUACAACAGAUAUUUUUAUUUGUAAUUUAUUUCUUAACUCUCUACAGCGGUUUCACUGCUUGCCUCCUGUUUGAUGAGAGCACUCCCCCGUCAUAAUGCCCUGUACCUUGUGUGUUUGAAUGAGGUGUAGUGUAACACAGGGAUAAUUUACUGCGAUAGCUAUGUACGUCUACUCGAGUGUCCCGAGUAGAGGUAUGGCGUGUGUUACACAUGGGCAGACAAUCUUUUACAGCGGUAGCUAUGUAUUUGUACAUCUGUGGUCCAAUACUCAUAUAAAACACCUGUGUGUCUGGUUAACAGGCACAGAGAGUAAAUGUAUGUUACCUGUAUUAUAAAGGCCUUCGUAUCAUCACCUGAAUCUGAUUCUUGAUAUUGGUGAUUGUGUAGUAUUUGUCUUUACUUGUCUGCAGUAAUAGAUUGGUAAAUCCACUGGCAAAAUUAUCUGUUGGUCCAACAUGUGUAAGUUUACUAUCAAGUUUAAUUAUGUUAUAUAGUCCUAUAUUAUUACACUAUCAUUUACUAUAAGGCAGAAGCUGUUAUUUAUAAGCAGCGAUCAUUUUGUCUUGUUGUCUCUACAACAGCUGUGGUAGGACGAGUAACAGACCACCAUAAAUUGUGCGAUUUGAAUAUGUUUUUAAGUGAGGAAAGAAUAAAUGAAAAUAUUUGAAAAAAGGUGCAUCAACAUCAUCAUUUUCUGACAAAUUAUGUUACGUUUCUUUUCUGAUCAAGACGAGUCGUGUUUGAGACUACCCGAGCUGAUUUGUACGUUCCUGUAUUUGCAGGAAGGGAUCCUGUCACUUUAGUAAAUUUACACAUUUCUUAUUGCUUUUAUGGUCAAGAUGGAUGAAAAUAUUUGGAGAGUACAGCAACAUGUUGUGACACUCUUUGUAUCUUUUGCAAGAGUACUGUUUCUUAGGAGUCUUUCGGGGUAAUGAGUUAAAAUCUAAAAUCACUUCUGUCAGAAUGUUUUUAAACGAUAUGUGUAGAGCUAUCCCGCUUUACUAGUGACUAAACGUGAAUGUACCAGUACAUGUUGUUGUAAUGAACAUUCGUCUUUAAUCAGACGAGUAUGAUUUAUGUAAUAACAACAUAAACUGUUUUCUCAAGUGGAAUCAUCCUGUGUUUCUGAAAAAGUUCAUACUUAUUUGUAAUAUUUAGCAUAGUAGGGAGUCAAGUUAGAGACACAACCAAGCUGAACACAAGUCUAUCUUGACUAUAGAUGCAUAGGAACUGUAAGAUAGUUGUGCCAGUGGUUCUUGUCUAAUCUUCCCGAUCAGGGGUCAUUUGUAUCCUUUAAUCAUUUCAUUCAUGAAAUUCAGAUAUACUACAACUUCACUCCUUGAUAAUACUAGCGGUACUUUUGGACCAAACCUAUGUUAUCAUGGAGUGAAAAAUAUUUAUUUUUCGCUACAUAUCUUGUCGUCUAUGUUUUUAUUAAUUUCUUCAUAAUUUGAUAUGGAAGUUUUAUUCAGAUUAAAAUUUCCUAACAGUCAAUCCAGGAAUUCUCAAUCAGUUUUAAAAAGAUGUUAUAGUAGAUGUUUGUACCGAACGCAAUAGAUAAAGUGUACCUUUUACCGUCUUUAUCCUCAUGGAUUACCUCAUUUUAUUGUAAAAUAUUGUUUUCACUAUUAUCAAUUGUACAUACUGUUUGUAUUCAAUAUAAUACCUUGCGAUCUCCACAAGCCUUUAAAUGUAGAGGAUUGUGGGGGAAGGAAGGGACCUUUUAUCUGUAUUCCUACUCCGACUCUAAUUAGAUCAUAAGCAAGUAAGAGGAUUGUUAAGUACAUGUUUUUAAACCCAAUUACACAGUAUUUUGAAUAGUCAGAAAUUGUAAUCUGUCAAGUUUGGUAACCUAAUUUUGGCACUUGAAAUUUUACCAAAUUUAAUCUUUUUCAAAAAAGUAUAGUUUCUUCACCUGGGGAUUCACCCCAACUCUGGUACAGAGGCUGAAAGAUCAACGCCACAUGCUUUGCAGGAAGGAUUGGUUUGGUAGUGUUUUAGGGGCCUUUGUUCAUUAAUUUUUUCUCAGGGCGCUUCAUGAAGCUUACAAUAGGUAGGGUAUUAGACGAACAAGUAUCUUAGUAUUACUACAUCUGUACAGUCAUAUAGAUUCUCAAAGUAGCUACAAAGGCCUUCCCAGGUCCCAGUUGUGAUUUUUCUUUUUUAAUUUAAAUCUGCAAAGCAGGUUUGUCUCGCUGUUCAAGAUUUUUUUGCUAUCAUUUAAAACUUGUGCACAUUUUGAAAAAUCCUGGAUAUGCACCUGGUUUAUACUUUUUAAUUUGUUGAAAUUCAAUCAUCAUUAUUGCAUAAUAAAAAUAACUGUUUCCAUCCAAAAUGGACCAUUGUACAGAUGCUGAGGCCUUAUAUCUAAACAGUUAUUACUAUCAAAGUGGUAACAAACCGAUCAAUUCUUCUCCAAUAACAUGUUUCACUAUCUCAUUGCAUGUUCGUGGUGUUGACUGUUGUAGUUCUCUAAAUCAUAACUGUAUCUUUGUAUUUUAUCAACUACCAUUUGUAAUCUUUGGAAUAUAAUAAAAAUGUUGUAUUUACCC